AUGGACGAGUCGUGGUACAAAGUCUUCACGCCAGAGUUCGACACAGUAGCCUACGAUCCGCUGGACCCUCCCAAACGAUACCACACAGGUGUCUUCGUUGAAACAGACGCGGGGACUCUCCAAGGAGUGCUACUUCAAGUCACCGGCGACAUCAUCGCCAGCAGCGGCAUGCGGUUCGAAGUGAAAGAAAACUUUGUUCCUGCAGCAGAAAAGUAUUUUCACAGAACUACAGAAGUUGGAAGGAUUUGCAAAUCCGAUUUUCCACGAAUAAGGGGUAUCUUGGAAGCCUUACCCACACCGACCAAACAGCAGGGACUUGACUUUUGGAGCCUGGAUUCAAAUAAGCGGAAUAAGCUUACUUGGACGAAGCAGAAUGGGGAUCUUUACGGGCCAGGCGAACAACGACGGCCAAUCAUGAAGUGUAAUGAAUGGACACAUCAGCUUGCGAUUCCGACUUUGCAACGCGAGGGAAUUUUACAUAGCUAA